AUAAACAAAUCAUUAGUAAAUUGGAGAGAGUUAUUGUAAUAGGUAUGAAUUACGAAGAUUACGUGCGACACAUGAAACACAAAUACAGCUUGGCUAUAGCUAUUGCUGUUCUAAAAACGAAACCCGAAAAUGUUACAACGGAUGUACAUUUAGCAAAUAUUAAACAGAGAAUAAACAGUGAUGAUGCUGACGAUGAUGAUGAUGUAACCGUGUGCAGUGAUGAUUUCGUUUUUGAUGUUAACGAUCCAUCGGCUUCGCUAGUUGAUAUAAAAAAUGACGGGCCAAGUCGUAUUGAUGACACGCUUCGAAGUUCAAACGAGACUUACUGCGAGAGUGGCCUUCGAGAAACUGCGAAUGCUAAUAGACAAUCGGAUAAUGGUAAUAUUACCGAUCAACGAAUCCUCGACAGCUUAGUGAUUACCGAUGAACUAACUAGCGAUGACGUAGUUGUAAUAAAUAAUCAAAAGUGUGACGACACGACCACUCUAAAAAGUAUCGAUGGUAAAAUUCGGGAAUUAGCUAACGGGAAUUCUAGUGUCGCAGCACCUAUUAGCAAAGAAAUCAAUAACGCAAUGAUCAUUGAAGAAAACUAUCGUGACAGUGAUAAUGUUACAAUCGAACAUCAAGUUUUUGAUGUUCUUGCGUUCCAAAAUGAUCGAAUUGAAGAUGGCCUUCAAAAUAAUUUCAUAAACCCUCAAAAACAAAAUGAAGAGUACUUAAGUGACGUCUUAAGAACUUUAAAUGAACUGGACACAAGAGACGAUUACCUUUCACAAUCAACAUUCCACGAGAGUUCCCAAGAUCGCGUCCCGUCACUGUCCGAAGAUCCUAACCACUGCGCCCAGAACCCUAACGAAGAAUUCAUUAGCAGACGUGCAAAGAAAACGAAAUGCAUAAACCUAAUUGAUUCUCAAGAGACUAUUAUAUGUAGUUUGCCGGAAAGCUUCAAUCAUUACAGUCAGAGUCAAACGCAGAACUUUGUUAUCGGGGAAAAGCUAAUUCAAAACUUCGACACUCGUAAUAAGAAUCGACAAAUAGACGUUACGUUAUGUGAUAAUAACAAAGAACUUAUUAAUCAAAAUAAUGAUGUAACGGAUUGUUUAUUCAGCAGUACGGACAGCAGUAACCAACGCACUGCCAGUCUAAAAAAAUUUAGCAGUAAUGCUACAAUCGAUUCUCAAUUCAACGAAGCGAUAAUUGAAGAUAACGAAAAGCUUAUUCGAUGUAAUAAUGAAAAUGUAGACUUUGAUUCAAUGAAACCCCAAAAAGAAGCCGUUCCAUUCAAAGUUAUCGGCGAAAUUAAUAAAGUUAAAACUUUUUUGCAAAGGAGAGAUUCUAAAAGAAUCUGCGAUGGGUAUUCAAGUGAUUCUGGUUAUAAAAGUGAUUGGCCAAUUAAACUGAACGUCACACAGCAGUCUGGUAGCUGGUUGAAUCAGGCGGGACACUGUUUGUACUCCCAUAUAAUCAGCUGUAAUCAUCAGCCAACCACCGAAGACAUUACGAACGAGGUCUCUCAGGUCCUAGGCGAUUUAAUAGAUAGAUUGCACGAAGAAGAAUUGUAUCCUGAAUUCUUAGAAGAACUACUGAAUUACAUUGAACUUACACUAAAACGUAUAUACGAAGACAAUGACUUUGAUAACAUCCUGUUGAACAAAGAUGAAAAAAUCCAAAGGAUAAUUCUCUUGUGCGGAUCGAUGCACGUUAAAAAAUACACAAUAGACCGUUUAUUGGAUUGCUUAAACGAUCUAUAUGAGAAAUUGAAUUUAGACGAAACAGAAAUUAAACAUAUAAAUCUGAUAGAAAACGCUUGUUACGUGUUUCAUUUAUUAGAAUUAAUUAUAUCGAAAUACAUGAAGAAGCGUAAUUUGUUCAGUCAGAGCAGCUCGCAGUCGCAGGACGACGAGAGGAGCUUAAAAAAGAGUUCCAUUACCGAAAUAUGGCGCAAGAAAUGGAUACCGAACUACGGGGAUGUAGUAAGCACAAGUGACGUCACCGAGAAAGUGUGCAUCGAAAUUAGAUGCAGCGAAGUUCUGAACAAAAUAGUCGUUGGCUGUAUGGACGGUUACAGUUUGCUGUCGUAUUCAGCUUUGAAAUGUUUCAAUCUAUUGCAGCCUUAAUAAAUAUUGGUGUUUCAAUUGCGCCAAUUCGAAAAACAAAUUGUUACAAUCUACCGCCAAAUGGAAUACCGACCACAGUUUACUAAUAAGAACAAAUACUCCU